ACGCAUGCUUGGGUGCAGCUCGUCCAAGAUGCUAGUCUUCACUGCGUUACUUCUAAUCGUGCAGUACGUAUCACCAACAUACGGUGCAUGCUUUGAUGCCGUUCUCGAAGAUACUAUAGUAAAAGCUCAUAAUGACCUGAGGUUUGAUGUUGCGACCAAAAAUUUAAAUGCCAAAAUGUAUGGAGACAUUCCAGGAACGAAGAGUUUGUUCAACUUGGAAUUUGAUUGCGGCUUCGCACAUCUUGCCGAAGCACUUAUACCGAAGGACUGCCUUAGACCGGCUCUCGACUAUUCUUCAAUGGGAUACGGCAGUAAUUUUAGAAAGUUCCGCACACCCAAAAGAGUUGAUGAAUCAGAUAUAGAUUAUCUCGCGGAAUAUUACAACAUAAUCGUACAAGAAUGGGCUAUGAAGGACAUUGUUCCUCUUGAUUCUAAUGCUGUAUACAAGGAUAAACGCAUGGAAGCUUUUGCUAACAUGGUUUAUUACAAAACUAUUGCGUUUGGAUGCAAGCACAGAACCUGCGAUGACACCACAAUGGCUAUCGCAUGUGUGUACGAAUCACUACCAAAGAUUGGCGAACCACUUUUCGUGCCAAAUCCACAAGCGAAAAAUAAGAAAGGAUGUACAGCACAUAAGACUUGCAAAGAGGUUAGACCAGGAACCAAAUGUAUGCAAAAUCCAGAUGGUACAUUGGGACCCCUCUGCGUACUCCAUGACAUUACAACCACAGCCUCCACUGAAAGCACCACAACUUCUGCGACAAUAACACCCACGACUACAUCGACGUCUACUUCAACCACGACAUCUAUUUCGAGCACAACGACUACAACGACACCUACGACUACUUCGAGUACAACAACUACAACAACACCUACGACUACUUCGAGCACAACCACAACGACGCCAACGACUACUUCGACUACAACUACUACGACUACAACACCAACGCCAACAACUACUUCGAGCACAACUACCACUUCUACGACAUCAACAACCACAUCUACAACAACUUCCACUUCAAGCACAACAACAACUACCGCGGUUCCAACGCUGAUGACUGCGGAGAUGCGAGAGGAAUUGCUUGGAAAGCUGAAUUAUUAUAGAUCGGAGCUGGCUAAGGGAAAUGUCAGAAAUGGAAUAGAAGGAAAAGCCAAUCUUCCGGUAGCCAAGGAUAUGUACGAAAUGCGAUAUGAUAUGGACCUUGAAAAAGAAGCUCAAGCCGCAGCUGAUAAAUGCGAUGCCACAUCAGAAGUGCAAUCAAGGGAUGGCCAAAUUGCUCAGCUAAACGAAACGUCAUUUACCGAAAAGGAAGUGCUUCUAGGGACACAAGAAUCAUGGUUUUGGCAAAUAUUGAAAAACGGCAUGAAUUAUCAGAUGCAGUACACAGAAACCUUGGAAUCGAAGCCUUCUUCACCAAACGCAUUCACUCGGAUGGGAUGGGCUAAAUCCUACAAAGUCGGCUGUGGAAUGGCACACUGCAGCGCUGGCACUGCUAUCAUCUGUCGCUACGAUCCACCAGGUAACCAAUACGGCCAGUACGUUUACACGCCCGGCAGUGAAAGUGACCUCUGCGCUUCCUGCAGUGGCUCGUGCAAUGACGGACUGUGCCCACCACCAAUUAAUUGAUUGGCUAUUAAUUUUCCAACAAAUAAGAGCUAUUGAAAAUAAAAUUUUCGUAUAUUGAUUAUGUGAAAAUCAAGAAAAAGUCUUAUACGAAGCUGAAUUUCUGUUUGUCUGUGUGUGUCUGUCUAUCUGUACGUAUCUUCCGAAUAGAAAAUUCCAU